AUGUUGAGAGCAUCACCAUCAUUCUUUCGAUUAACCACCACCACCACCACCACCACCAAAAUGUUCUCUUCUACUUCUUCCAUUUCUUCUCUCGGAAACCCUAACUUCCUCUUCCCUUCAACUUCAUCACCGCAUUCUUCAAAACUCUCCCUUCCUCCUCACUCUCUUUCGUUUUCCAACAAUCGCAAUCGUAUCUCCUUUCGAUGCUUCGCUUCUCGUCCCAUUCAUGUCAUCAAUCCCAUCGUCGAAAUGGACGGUGAUGAAAUGACCAGGAUUAUGUGGACGAUGAUAAAGGAUAAACUUAUAUUUCCUUACCUGGAUCUAAACAUAAAGUAUUUUGAUUUGGGGAUUGAAAAUCGCGAUGCUACUGACGAUAGAGUGACUGUCGAAAGCGCGGAAGCUACUCUCAAGUACAAUGUUGCUGUGAAAUGUGCAACCAUAACUCCUGAUGAGACCCGAGUCAAAGAAUUUGGACUGAAGUCUAUGUGGAGAAGCCCCAAUGGCACAAUAAGGAACAUUUUAAAUGGUACUGUAUUUCGUGAGCCCAUAAUAUGCCGCAAUAUACCCAGAAUUAUUCCCGGAUGGAAAAAACCCAUCUGUAUUGGUAGGCAUGCUUUUGGUGAUCAGUAUCGUGCCACUGAUACAGUAAUCAAUGGACCUGGGAAGCUUAAGCUGGUAUUUGUCCCAGAAGAUGGUGACACUCCAGUGGAGCUUGAUGUUCAUAAUUUCAAAGGCCCUGGUGUAGCUCUUGCUAUGUAUAAUGUUGAUGAGUCCAUUCGAGCAUUUGCUGAAUCAUCCAUGUCACUAGCAUUUACAAAGAAGUGGCCGCUUUACUUAAGCACCAAAAACACAAUUCUCAAGAAAUAUGAUGGCAGAUUUAAAGACAUAUUUCAGGAGGUUUAUGAAGAAAGGUGGCAGAAAAAGUUUGAAGAACACUCAAUAUGGUAUGAGCAUAGGCUUAUCGAUGACAUGGUUGCAUAUGCACUCAAGAGUGAAGGGGGAUAUGUUUGGGCUUGUAAGAAUUAUGAUGGUGAUGUUCAAAGUGAUUUACUUGCUCAAGGAUUCGGCUCAUUGGGCCUCAUGACUUCUGUGCUGUUAUCUUCUGAUGGCAAGACAUUAGAAGCCGAGGCAGCUCAUGGAACUGUAACUCGGCAUUUCCGGUUUCAUCAAAAGGGACAAGAAACCAGUACAAACAGUAUUGCUUCCAUAUUUGCAUGGACACGAGGACUGGAACAUAGAGCCAAGCUGGAUAAUAAUGAAAAAUUACUGGAUUUUGCUAAGAAGUUGGAGGCUGCAUGUGUUGAGACAGUAGAGUCAGGAAAGAUGACCAAAGAUCUUGCCCUUCUGAUUCACGGGCCUAAGGUAUCGAGGGAAUUUUACUUGAACACUGAGGAAUUUAUUGAUGCUGUGGCGUCUAAUCUCGAGAGUAAGCUCCGAGAGCCUGCAACUGCAACAGUCUAA